UGCCCACCAGCUCCUUUUUUCUUCCUCCCUUCUUUUCUGUUGUCAGUUGCAUCCAUCCACAUCACAGUCUAUCUUGCGUCGCUGAGCUGUCAUCGCAAUCAUGCGUGAGAUUAUCAGCGUCAACGUCGGCCAGGCUGGUUGCCAGAUCGCCAACUCGUGCUGGGAGCUCUACUGUCUCGAGCACGGCAUUCAGCCCGAUGGAUACCUGACCGAAGAGCGCAAGGCCGCUGACCCCGACUACGGCUUCAGCACCUUCUUCUCCGAGACUGGCCAGGGCAAGUACGUCCCGCGAACCAUCUACUGCGAUCUCGAGCCCAACGUCGUCGACGAGGUCCGCACCGGUACCUACCGAAGCUUGUUCCACCCGGAGCAUAUGAUCACCGGCAAGGAGGAUGCCUCCAACAACUACGCUCGCGGUCACUACACCGUCGGCAAGGAGCUUAUCGAUGGCGUCCUCGACAAGAUCCGCCGCGUCGCCGACAGCUGCGCUGGUCUCCAGGGAUUCCUCGUCUUCCACUCCUUUGGUGGCGGUACCGGCUCUGGUUUCGGCGCCCUGCUGAUGGAGCGCCUCUCCGUUGACUACGGCAAGAAGAGCAAGCUGGAGUUCUGUGUCUACCCCGCGCCGCAGACCGCCACCUCCGUCGUCGAGCCCUACAACUCUAUUCUCACUACACACACUACUCUGGAGCACGCCGACUGCUCCUUCAUGGUGGACAACGAGGCGAUCUACGACAUCUGCCGUCGCAACCUCGGUCUCGAGCGUCCUGACUACAUCAACCUCAACCGCCUGAUCGCUCAGGUCGUGUCUUCGAUCACCGCCUCUCUGCGUUUCGAUGGCUCCCUCAAUGUUGACCUGAACGAGUUCCAGACCAACCUUGUCCCGUACCCUCGUAUCCACUUCCCUCUGGUCGCCUACGCUCCUGUCAUUUCUGCCGCCAAGGCUGCCCACGAAGCCAACUCGGUUCAGGAGAUGACCAUGUCUUGCUUCGAACCAUACAACCAGAUGGUCAAGUGCGACCCCAGGAACGGAAAGUACAUGGCCACCUGCUUGCUCUACCGCGGUGAUGUUGUUCCCAAGGACGCCCACGCUGCGGUGGCCACCCUGAAGACCAAGCGCACCAUCCAGUUCGUCGACUGGUGCCCAACUGGCUUCAAGCUGGGUAUCUGCUUCCAGGCCCCUGAGCAGGUCCCCAACGGUGAUCUCGCCAAGGUCAACCGCGCUGUGUGCAUGCUGUCCAACACGACUGCGAUCGCCGAGGCUUGGUCCGCCCUGUCUUCCAAGUUCGAUCUCAUGUACUCCAAGCGCGCCUUCGUCCACUGGUAUGUUGGUGAGGGUAUGGAGGAGGGUGAAUUCUCCGAGGCCCGGGAAGAUCUCGCUGCUCUUGAGCGUGAUUACGAGGAGGUUGCUGCGGACUCCAUAGGUGACGAGGGCGACCUGGAGGCUGAGUACUAA